GGUUGAACUUAAGUGCAAUCCAAACGAACACACCUUUUGCUGACGUUCGCCUUAAUUACAGUGACGUCACGUAUCAGAUGAUUUGUGACGUAACUCGUAAAUGACCUUCCCUCUGCGCCACCAAGGUCUUACAUUACAUCAGUGGUCGUCGUUAAGAUCUACCACUGCCCUUUAGUGUAAGUGUUUUGUAAAUUCCUAUUUCACAUUCAGCAUGUCUUCGACAACGGCUAUGGCAAAUCCACCACCAGCCUUCUUUCAUGAUGAAUCUCAAUCAGAGCGUCUAGCAAGAAAGUCAAAGGAUGCACCAUUCUUCCCUAUUGCGAUUGGUAUAUGUGCGGUCACCUGUGCAUAUGGUGCAUACAUGUUUAAACGAAGAGGCAAAAUGAGUCCAAGUAUUUUUUUAAUGCAACUACGAGUUACUGCGCAAGGACUUGCCGUAGGAACACUUACCUUAGGUUUAGGUUAUACCAUGUACAAUGAACAUUUCGGAAAGGCUAAAAGUGAAAAGGAUUAGACGUGUUUAGUAUCAUAAAUUAAUAAGUAUUACUAAUUUAUUUAUUAGAAAAUUAAAUAAAUUCUAUAUUAAAUUGUGAAAAUUUAAUCCUUAAUCUUAAAUUUUACCAUCUUUUCCUUAUAGAGUUUGUCACCUUUGUAAACACAUUGGUAAUCAUUUCUGCAUCAUUCAUUUUCCGCUAUCACCUAUUAUGUAGUAGGUUAUAAUACGUGCAUACAGUUUCUGAUUAUUGUUUUCUCACUAAAUGAACACUGAUAAUUCUCGGAUCAAUAUGACGAUACGUACAAUUGACAUGCACAUGCGAAGGUACUGGAAUAUUUAUACCAGUGCAUACAUUGGGGUGAUGUAUUUAUAGCACAAACAGUUUAGCACUUUUAUGCAUAGUAAAUUUAACUACCGACAUCAUGUAUAGGUACUUAAAACAUCUAAAAUUCUAGAUACACAUAGUACAUGUAGGUAAUAUAUGAAAUGUUAGAUAAUGCUUUAAGUACCACAAUGAAUGUAUGUGUUCUAGUCUCUUAGUGAAAUCGGUCAUUUCAUGAAACGCUAACAAUUUGACGUGUUGGGUACAGUUUCCCUUUUCCUUUAAUGCAGUGUGUAAUCUAAUCUUGUUCACAAAAUUAAUUUAUUGAUUUAAAUAAAUAUAGCUAUAAGCACAUUA